AUGGGGAUCUCCACAGUCAUCCUUGAAAUGUGUCUUUUAUGGGGACAAGUUCUAUCUACAGGUGGGUGGAUCCCAAGGACUACAGACUAUGGUUCUCUGAUUCCCUCAGAGGCGCCCCUGGAGACAGCAAUAGUAGAAGGUUCUCCGUUUCCCUCGGAGUUGACCCUGGAGUCAACUGUAGCAGAAGGUUCUCCGAUUUCCUUGGAGUCAACCCUGGAGUCAACUGUAGCAGAAGGUUCUCUGAUUCCCUCGGAGUCCACCCUGGAGCCAACUGUAGCAGAAGGAUCUGAUUCUGGUUUGGCCCUGAGGCUGGUGAAUGGAGGUAACAGGUGUCAAGGCCGAGUGGAGGUCCUAUACCGAGGCUCCUGGGGCACCGUGUGUGAUGACAGCUGGGACAUCAGUGACGCCAAUGUGGUCUGCAGGCAGCUGGGCUGUGGCUGGGUCAUGUCAGCCCCAGGAAAUGCCCGGUUUGGUCAGGGCUCAGGACCCAUUGUCCUGGAUGAUGUGCGCUGCUCAGGGCAUGAGUCCUACCUGUGGAGCUGCCCCCACAAUGGCUGGCUCUCCCAUAACUGUGGCCAUGGUGAAGAUGCUGGUGUUAUCUGCUCAGCUGCCCAGCCUCAGUCAACACUCAGGCCAGAAAGUUGGCCUGUCGGGAUAUCACCACCUGUACCCACAGAAGGAUCUGAAUCCAGUUUGGCCCUGAGGCUGGUGAAUGGAGGCGACAGGUGUCAAGGCCGAGUGGAGGUCCUAUACCAAGGCUCCUGGGGUACCGUGUGUGACGACAACUGGGACACCAAUGAUGCCAAUGUGGUCUGCAGGCAGCUGGGCUGUGGUUGGGCCACGUUGGCCCCAGGAAAUGCCCGGUUUGGUCGGGGCUCAGGACCCAUUGUCCUGGAUGAUGUGCGCUGCUCAGGACGUGAGUCCUACCUGUGGAGCUGCCCCCACAAUGGCUGGCUUUCCCACAACUGUGGCCAUAGUGAAGACGCUGGUGUCAUCUGCUCAGUUUCCCAGUCCUGGCCGACACCCAGCCCAGAUACUUGGCCCACCUCACAUGCAUUAACAGCAGGAUCUGAAUCCAGUUUGACCCUGAGGCUGGUGAAUGGAGGCGACAGGUGUCAAGGCCGAGUGGAGGUCCUAUACGGAGGCUCCUGGGGCACCGUGUGUGAUGACAGCUGGGACACCAGUGAUGCCAAUGUGGUCUGCAGGCAGCUGGGCUGUGGCUGGGCCACAUCAGCCCCAGGAAAUGCCCAGUUUGGUCAGGGCUCAGGACCCAUUGUCCUGGAUGAUGUGCGCUGCUCAGGCUAUGAGUCCUACCUGUGGAGCUGCCCCCACAAUGGCUGGCUCUCCCAUAACUGUCAGCACAGUGAAGACGCUGGUGUCAUCUGCUCAGCUGCCCACUCCUGGUCGACGCCCAGGCCAGACACGUUGCCGACUGUCACCUUACCCGCAUCAACAGUAGGAUCUGAAUCCAGUUUGGCCCUGAGGCUGGUGAAUGGAAGUGACAGGUGUCAGGGCCGAGUGGAGGUCCUAUACCGAGGCUCCUGGGGCACCGUGUGUGACGACAGCUGGGACACCAAUGAUGCCAAUGUGGUCUGCAGGCAGCUGGGCUGUGGCUGGGCCACGUCAGCCCCAGGAAAUGCCCGGUUUGGUCGGGGCUCAGGACCCAUUGUCCUGGAUGACGUACGCUGCUCAGGACGUGAGUCCUACCUGUGGAGCUGUCCCCACAAUGGCUGGCUCUCCCACAACUGUGGCCAUAGUGAAGACGCUGGUGUCAUCUGCUCAGGACCUGAAUCCAGUUUGGCCCUGAGACUGGUGAAUGGAAGUGACAGGUGUCAGGGCCGAGUGGAGGUCCUAUACCGAGGCUCCUGGGGCACGGUGUGUGAUGACAGCUGGGACACCAAUGAUGCCAAUGUGGUCUGCAGGCAGCUGGGCUGUGGCUGGGCCAUGUCAGCCCCAGGAAAUGCCCGGUUUGGUCGGGGCUCGGGACCCAUUGUCCUGGAUGACGUGCGCUGCUCAGGGAAUGAGUCCUACCUGUGGAGCUGUCCCCACAAUGGCUGGCUUUCCCACAACUGUGGCCAUGGUGAAGACGCUGGUGUCAUCUGCUCAGCCUUUGUCUUUGUUGCAUUUAAAGACACGUUGCCGACCACCACCUUACCUGCAUCAACAGUAGGACCUGAAUCCAGUUUGGCCCUGAGGCUGGUGAAUGGAGGUGACAGGUGUCAGGGCCGAGUGGAGGUCCUAUACCGAGGCUCUUGGGGCACUGUGUGUGAUGACAGCUGGGACACCAAUGAUGCCAAUGUGGUCUGCAGGCAGCUGGGCUGUGGCUGGGCCACGUCAGCCCCAGGAAAUGCCCGGUUUGGUCAGGGCUCAGGACCCAUUGUCCUGGAUGAUGUGCGCUGCUCAGGACAGGAGUCCUACUUGUGGAGCUGCCCCAACAAUGGCUGGCUCUCCCACAACUGUGGCCAUGGUGAAGACGCUGGUGUCAUCUGCUCAGGACCUGAAUCCAGUUUGGCCCUGAGACUGGUGAAUGGAAGUGACAGGUGUCAGGGCCGAGUGGAGGUCCUAUACCGAGGCUCCUGGGGCACGGUAUGUGAUGAUAGCUGGGACACCAGUGAUGCCAAUGUGGUCUGCAGGCAGCUGGGCUGUGGCUGGGCCAUGUCAGCCCCAGGAAAUGCCCGGUUUGGUCAGGGCUCAGGACCCAUUGUCCUGGAUGACGUGCGCUGCUCAGGGAAUGAGUCCUACCUGUGGAGCUGUCCCCACAAUGGCUGGCUCACCCACAACUGUGGCCAUGGUGAAGACGCUGGUGUCAUCUGCUCAGGUGGGCCUCCAGCAAUUUGGAAGACGAAAGCGCCAGACACGUUGCCGACCACCACCUUAACUGCAUCAACAGUAGGACCUGAAUCCAGUUUGGCCCUGAGGCUGGUGAAUGGAGGUGACAGGUGUCAGGGCCGAGUGGAGGUCCUAUACCGAGGCUCUUGGGGCACUGUGUGUGAUGACAGCUGGGACACCAAUGAUGCCAAUGUGGUCUGCAGGCAGCUGGGCUGUGGCUGGGCCAUGUCAGCCCCAGGAAAUGCCCGGUUUGGUCAGGGCUCAGGACCCAUUGUCCUGGAUGAUGUGCGCUGCUCAGGACAGGAGUCCUACUUGUGGAGCUGCCCCAACAAUGGCUGGCUCUCCCACAACUGUGGACAUGGUGAAGACGCUGGUGUCAUCUGCUCAGGACCUGAAUCCAGUUUGGCCCUGAGACUGGUGAAUGGAAGUGACAGGUGUCAGGGCCGAGUGGAGGUCCUAUACCGAGGCUCCUGGGGCACGGUGUGUGAUGACAGCUGGGACACCAGUGAUGCCAAUGUGGUCUGCAGGCAGCUGGGCUGUGGCUGGGCCAUGUCAGCCCCAGGAAAUGCCCGGUUUGGUCAGGGCUCAGGACCCAUUGUCCUGGAUGACGUGCGCUGCUCAGGGAAUGAGUCCUACCUGUGGAGCUGUCCCCACAAUGGCUGGCUCACCCACAACUGUGGCCAUGGUGAAGACGCUGGUGUCAUCUGCUCAGCCAGUCCUGGGCUCCCUACUCCUACUGGGGCUUGUUCCUGGCCCUCCAGCCAUGCACUGCAGACCUGCAAGGGACCUGAAUCCAGUUUGGCCCUGAGGCUGGUGAAUGGAGGUGACAGGUGUCAGGGCCGAGUGGAGGUCCUAUACCGAGGCUCUUGGGGCACUGUGUGUGAUGACAGCUGGGACACCAAUGAUGCCAAUGUGGUCUGCAGGCAGCUGGGCUGUGGCUGGGCCACGUCAGCCCCAGGAAAUGCCCGGUUUGGUCAGGGCUCAGGACCCAUUGUCCUGGAUGAUGUGCGCUGCUCAGGACAGGAGUCCUACUUGUGGAGCUGCCCCAACAAUGGCUGGCUCUCCCACAACUGUGGCCAUGGUGAAGACGCUGGUGUCAUCUGCUCAGCUGCCCAGUCCCGGUUGACGCCCAGGCCAGACACGUUGUCGACCAUCACCUUACCUCCAUCGACAGUAGGAUCUGAAUCCAGUUUGACGCUGAGGCUGGUGAAUGGAAGUGACAUGUGUCAGGGCCGAGUAGAGGUCCUAUACCGAGGCUCCUGGGGCACUGUGUGUGAUGACAGCUGGGACACCAAUGAUGCCAAUGUGGUCUGCAGGCAGCUGGGCUGUGGCUGGGCCACAUCAGCCUCAGGAAAUGCCCGGUUUGGCCAGGGCUCAGGACCCAUUGUCCUGGAUGACGUGCGCUGCUCAGGACACGAGUCCUACUUGUGGAACUGCCCCCACAAUGGCUGGCUCACCCACAACUGUGGACAUCAUGAAGAUGCUGGUGUCAUCUGCUCAGUUUCCCAAUCCUGGCCGACACCCAGCCUAGACACUUGGCCGACCUCACAUGCAUUAACAGCAGGAUCUGAAUCCAGUUUGGCCCUGAGACUGGUGAAUGGAGGUGACAGGUGUCAGGGCCGAGUGGAGGUCCUAUACCAAGGCUCCUGGGGCACUGUGUGUGAUGACAGCUGGGACACCAGUGAUGCCAAUGUGGUCUGCAGGCAGCUGGGCUGUGGCUGGGCCACAUCAGCCCCAGGAAAUGCCCGGUUUGGUCAGGGCUCAGGACCCAUUGUCCUGGAUGAUGUGCGCUGCUCAGGACGUGAGUCCUACCUGUGGAGCUGCCCCCACAAUGGGUGGCUCUUCCACAACUGUGGCCAUCAUGAAGACGCUGGUGUCAUCUGCUCAGCUUCCCAGUCCUGGCUGACACCCAUCCCUGACACUUGGCCGACCUCACCUGCAUCAACAGCAGGAUUUGAAUCCAGUUUAGCCCUGAGACUGGUGAAUGGAGGUGACAGGUGUCAGGGCCGAGUGGAGGUCCUAUACCGAGGCUCCUGGGGCACUGUGUGUGAUGACAGCUGGGACACCAAUGAUGCCAAUGUGGUCUGCAGGCAGCUGGGCUGUGGCUGGGCCACGUCGGCCCCAGGAAAUGCCCAGUUUGGCCAGGGCUCAGGACCCAUUGUCCUGGAUGACGUGCACUGCUCAGGACGUGAGUCCUACCUGUGGAGCUGUCCCCACAAUGGCUGGCUCACCCACAACUGUGGCCAUGGUGAAGAUGCUGGUGUCAUCUGCUCAGCUGCUCAGUCCCAGUCAACACCCAGGCCAGAUACUUGGCUGACCACCAACUUACUGGCCUCGCCAAUAGGAUCUGAAUCCAGUUUUGCCCUGAGACUGGUGAAUGGAGGUGACAGGUGUCAAGGCCGAGUGGAGGUCCUGUAUCGAGGCUCCUGGGGAACCGUGUGUGAUGACAGCUGGGACACCAAUGAUGCCAAUGUGGUCUGCAGGCAGCUGGGCUGUGGUUGGGCCACGUCGGCCCCAGGAAAUGCCAGGUUUGGCCAGGGCUCAGGACCCAUUGUCCUGGAUGAUGUGCGCUGCUCAGGACAUGAGUCCUACCUGUGGAGCUGUCCCCACAAUGGCUGGCUCACCCACAACUGUGGCCAUCGUGAAGACGCUGGUGUCAUCUGCUCAGCCACCCAGAUAAAUUCUACUACGACAGAUUGGUGGCAUCCAACAACUACAACUACUGCAAGACCCUCUUCAAAUUGUGGUGGCUUCUUAUUCUAUGCCAGUGGGACAUUCUCCAGCCCAUCCUACCCUGCAUACUACCCCAACAAUGCGAAGUGUGUUUGGGAAAUAGAAGUGAAUUCUGGUUAUCGCAUAAACCUGGGCUUCAGUAAUCUGCAGUUGGAGGCACACCAUAACUGCAGUUUUGAUUAUGUUGAAAUCUUUGAUGGAUCAUUGAAUAGCAGUCUCCUGCUGGGGAAAAUCUGUAAUGAUACCAGGCAAAUAUUUACAUCUUCUUACAACCGAAUGACCAUUCACUUUCGAAGUGACAUCAGUUUCCAAAACACUGGCUUUUUGGCUUGGUAUAACUCCUUCCCAAGUGAUGCCACCUUGAGGUUGGUCAAUUUAAAUUCAUCCUAUGGUCUAUGUGCUGGGCGUGUAGAAAUUUACCAUGGUGGCACCUGGGGGACAGUUUGUGACGACUCCUGGACCAUUCAGGAAGCUGAGGUGGUCUGCAGACAGCUAGGGUGUGGACGUGCAGUUUCAGCCCUUGGAAAUGCAUAUUUUGGCUCUGGCUCUGGCCCCAUCACCCUGGACGAUGUAGAGUGCUCAGGGACAGAAUCCACUCUCUGGCAGUGCCGGAACCGAGGCUGGUUCUCCCACAACUGUAAUCACCACGAAGAUGCUGGUGUCAUCUGCUCAGGAAACCAGCUAUCGACACCUGCUCCUUUUCUCAACAUCACCCGUCCAAACACAAAUUAUUCCUGCGGAGGCUUCCUAUCCCAACCAUCAGGGGACUUUUCCAGCCCAUUCUAUCCCGGGAACUAUCCAAACAAUGCCAAGUGUGUGUGGGACAUUGAGGUGAAAAACAACUACCGUGUGACUGUGAUCUUCAGAGACGUCCAGCUUGAAGGUGGCUGCAAAUAUGAUUAUAUUGAAGUUUUCGAUGGCCCCUACCACAGUUCCCCUCUCAUUGCUCGAGUUUGUGAUGGGUCCAGAGGCUCCUUCACUUCUUCCUCCAACUUCAUGUCCAUUCGCUUCAUCAGUGACCACAGCAUCACGAGGAGAGGGUUCCAGGCUGAGUACUACUCCAGUCCCUCCAAUGACAGCACCAACCUGCUCUGUCUGCCAAAUCACAUGCAAGCUAGCGUGAGCAGGAGCUACCUCCAAUCCUUGGGCUUUUCUGCCAGUGACCUUGUCAUUUCUACCUGGAAUGGAUACCACGAGUGUCGGCCCCAGAUAACGCCGAGCCUGGUGAUAUUCACAAUUCCCUACUCAGGCUGCGGCACCUUCAAGCAGGCAGACAAUGACACCAUCGACUAUUCCAACUUCCUCACAGCAGCUGCCUCAGGUGGCAUCAUCAAGAGGAGGACAGACCUCCGUAUUCAUGUCAGCUGCAGGAUGCUUCAGAACACCUGGGUCGACACCAUGUACAUUGCUAAUGGCACCACCCACAUUGCUAAUGACACCAUCCAGGUCGAGGAAGUCCAGUAUGGCAAUUUUGACGUGAACAUUUCCUUUUAUACUUCCUCCUCUUUCUUGUAUCCUGUGACCAGCCACCCUUACUAUGUGGACCUGAACCAGGACUUGUAUGUUCAGGCUGAAAUCCUCCAUUCUGAUGCUGCACUGACCUUGUUUGUGGACACCUGCGUGGCAUCACCAUACUCCAGUGACUUCACGUCUUUGACUUAUGAUCUAAUCCGGAGUGGAUGCGUGAGAGAUGACACCUACGGACCCUACUCCCCGCCGUCUCUUCGCAUUGCCCGUUUCCGGUUCAGGGCCUUCCACUUCCUGAACCGCUUCCCCUCCGUGUACCUGCAUUGUAAAAUGGUGGUGUGCAGAGCGUAUGAUCCCUCUUCCCGCUGCUACCGAGGCUGUGUGGUGAGGUCCAAGAGGGAUGUGGGCUCCUACCAGGAAAAGGUGGACGUCGUCCUGGGUCCCUUCCAGUUGCAGACCCCCACACGCCGAGAAGAGGAGCCUCAGUAGGUGGUCGCUCUCAGACCCCACUGCCCACUGGGGCACAGACCCCUGACUCGGGGACUUGGGAUGUUCCUCUUGGUGUCAUAUUCCAACUCAAAUUUAGCCCUACAUUGUGCUACACCUGGUCAUACAGAGUUGAAUCAGACCUGGUUCCCACCUCCCCCAAGCCUCAUGGUCCUUGGAGGACCCGUUGCAGGGCGAGGUCAAGAGAGUUCUGACCUGGAUGGCCCAUAGACCUGACGUCCCAGAAUCCAUGCUUCUCAUCUGCAAAA